AUGGCACCACGAUAUGCUUUGGAAAUAGUUAAUAGAACUUUACAAGAUAUUAUGAACAAUGAUUUACCUUUUAGGUGUCAAUUAUGGACACAUUUUAUUAAAUACUCUCUUACACAAAAUAUGAGAGUUCGGGCAAAUGAAGUUGAGUUUGCGAAAUUCUUACUAGAUGUAGGUGAUGGGAUUUUAAAUGAUGAGAAUGAUAAUUUGAGCCUUCCUGAAACUUGUAUUCUUGAAAGAAAUCAUGAUUUAGUUCAAAAUGUAUUUGGUCAAUUAAUAAGUGAACAAAAAUUUACAGAAAUUGGUAAAAGCGCUAUUUUGGCACCACGAAAUAUUGAUGUAGAUGAAAUUAAUAAGAAGGUUACUAAUUUACUUGAUUCAAAGACAGAACGUAGAUAUACUGGUAUUGACAGUACUGAAAAUUGUAAUAAUGGUGAUGACAUGGAUGAAGUGCUUACACCAGAAUAUUUGAAUACCUUAAAUCCUCCUUCACUUCCCCCCUAUGAACUAUGUCUGAGAAAAAACUGCAUUAUUAUGCUAAUAAGAAAUAUUAGUAUAAAUGAGAGUUUAUGUAACGGUGAUAGAUCUAAUAACAUUGUUUGUGUUAAUCGUAUAACUUUAUAUUGUGAAAGUGAAUUUCCUUUCAGUUUCAAAAGAAGACAAUUCCCUGUCAAAUUAGCUUUUGCAAUGACAAUAAAUAAAUCACAGGGUCAAACAUUUGAUAAAAUUGGUAUAGAUUUACGAAGAAAUGUUUUUAAUCACGGACAACUAUAUGUUGCCAUGUCUAGAGUUCGAUCUUGGGAUUCCCUCGUAGUUUAG